AUGGCUAUCUACAAUAUGGUCCUCCUGGCCACCAUUGCGUUUUUGGUGAACACUACUCCAUUGACUGCUGUGCACCCGAUUCCACGGAACUCUGUGGCUGUUGAUCAUCCAGCUGCUUAUGCUGACAGUGGCACCCUCCCAUCAAGGCGUUUGAGAAGUACCAAACUAUCGGACAAUGGUGAAGAGAGGGCGGGGCUUUUUCAAUCGAAGGUAAAUAAGUCCAUAAAGCUCCUUAAAUUAGCGAGCGAAGGACAAUCUCCCGCCAGCGCGUUCAGCGCACUACGGCUCACAAUGGGAAAGGGCAACGUUAUUUCGAAGUCCGAGUUUGGCACAUGGUUCCAGUACGUCACUGCGAUCACCAAUAAGAACGACUGGGAAAAGGCAACACUUGAGGUUCUCUCAAAGUAUCACACCGAUAAAGCACUGAUCGAUAUGAUUCAAAAAGCGAAGGGCGGGACGAGAAAAGAAACUGCGACUCAGCUGGAGAAUGCUCUGUUUGGCAAAUGGUUCGACGAACAUUUUUGGCCAAAAGAUGCGAUGGAAAAAGUGCUCAAGGUCAACAUGAGGGAUACUGAGGCUAAACCUUACAUUACGAGAAUCUGGGACGCAUACAGCGAUUACUUCUACAAAAGACGUCCAGAUCUGAAGGUAUUCUAGUCAGCAGUCGAUUUGGGAAACGAAAAGUGAUUUUGGUGGCUAACUCAUAUGCUCGUCAUUGAAGACAAAACCAAAAAGCACAUGGAUAGCAUUAAACAAAACGAAAACUCAGGAGUUCAUUCUGGAAUA